AUGGAAGGCGUGUCUGCGAGUUUAUACAAGGGCUUCAGAGGGUAUUGGAAGAGAAGGAAGUACGAGCGUUUGGACGGGGCUGGACCCCGGCGAAAAACCCGGGUGGAGCUCGCCGGGGCAGGUUCCAACCGAAGGAGGCGUUUUUGGCGCAUCAGGGUCACCCCCAAACUCCGCUUCUUCCACCACCUCUCCCCCAAGAAGCUUCUCAUCCGACUUCGGGAUGCCUAUGUUAAGAUGAUGCUUGGGUUCGCCAAUUCCAGGGUGUUCAGCGCUGGGUUCGGUGGUGGUGGCGCGGUUGGAGCAGGCUUUGGGUUCGGGAGGCCUUCCUUGAAAGAGUAUGACGAGAAAGUGCUGAUUGAAAUUUAUAAAUCUCUGAUGGCUCAGCGACAGUUAGUGCCUCAGGAUGCAGGCAGAUUGGCUGCCCAGAUCUCAUGUCGACGGUGA